GAAAAUGUUACGCUCAGGCAGUAUUUGCAUUUCUUCUGUUGUUUUUCUUUCUUUAAUAUUUCUUUUUAGUUUAUAAAUAGUAAAAUUAAUUCACUGAUGCUUUGGAUGCCAUGACAUUAACCUUGCUGGUUUUAUUGCUUCCAUUCACACUUCAACUUUGGAGACACAUCGACAUCGGCAAAUGUUUAUUCCAGGCAGCUUUUAGACAAGUAACGAAAUAAGAAAUAAGACAGUUCUAACAUUGAAGGUCCUUUGUCAUAAAUGAAGUAUGUCUACCAAUGAUCAGAGAUGUUUCAAACAUGGGGUCUCGUCAACACAUUGUCGAACAUAUCGUGAUCAGGCAUUUCAAACGUCAGCAUAUACUUGUGAGAAACCUUUUCGAUGUGGGAUGUGUUUAAAGUGUUUCUCAUGCAAGAGUAAGAUUAAGCAGCAUAUAAGGAUCCACACCGGUGAACGACCAUAUCAGUGUGAGGUGUGCAGAAAGUGUUUUCGUCUGAGUUACAGCUUGAAAUCUCACAUGUUAGUACACAAUGGAGUCAAGAAUUUUAAAUGUAAAGUUUGUGAAAAACAUUUUUCUUAUGGUUCCGCCUUGAAAAGUCAUAUGUUGUUUCACACUGAUGUUAAAUCUUUCCAAUGUGAGGUGUGUGCAAAAUGUUUCUCACAAAGUGGCCAUUUGAAAGGGCAUAUGUUGGUUCACACUGGUAUUAAACUUUUCAAAUGUGGGGUGUGUGCAAAAUCUUUCUCACGCAGUGGCGAUUUGAAAUCACAUAUGUUGGUUCACACUGGUGUUAAAUCUUUUCAAUGUGAGGUGUGUGCAAAAUGUUUCUCAUACAGUUACAACUUGAAGCGGCAUAUGUUGAUUCACACUGGUGUUAAACCUUUCAAAUGUGAGGUGUGUGCAAAAUUUUCCUCACACAGUGGCGAUUUGAAAAAUCAUAUGUUGUUUCAAACUGGUGUUAAAUCCUUUCAAUGUGAGGUAUGUUCAAAAUGUUUCUCACACAGCGGCGAUUUAAAUGAGCAUAUGUUGGUCCACACUGGUGUUAAACCUUUCAAAUGUGAGGUGUGUGCAAAACGUUUCUCACACAGUGGCGAUUUGAAAAAACAUAUCUUGGUUCACACUGGUGUUAAAUCUUUUCAAUGUGAGGUGUGUGCAAAAUGUUUCUCACUCAGUAACAACUUGAAACGGCAUAUGUUGAUUCACACUGGUGUUAAACCUUUCAAAUGUGAGGUGUGUGCAAAAUGUUUCUUACACAGUGGCCUUUUGAAACAGCAUAUGUUGAUUCACACUGGUGUUAAACCUUUCAAAUGUGAGGUGUGUGCAAAAUGUUUCUCACACAGUCGCAGUUUGAAACAACAUAUGUUACUUCACACUGGUGUUAAAUCUUUUCAAUGUGAGGUGUGUGCAAAAUGUUUCUCACAGAGUUGCAACUUGAAACGACACACGUUGAUUCACACUGGUGUUAAAUCUUUUCAAAUGUGAGAUGUGUGCAAAAUGUUUCUCACACAGUGGCAGUUUGAAAAAUCAUGUCGUUUCACACUUGUGUUAAAUCUUUUCAAUGUGAGGUGUGUGCAAAAUGUUUCUCACACAGUGGCAGUUUCAAACAUCAUGUCGUUUCACACUGGUGUUAAAUCUUUUUAAAGCUA